CCAUUUCACAAUUAUUUUGUCUCUUCUUCUUGUUGGUAAAGAUUGUGACUAACCAACCAAGUCUACAUAAUCUAUAUCGAUGAUGUGGAUCGUCUUCUUCUUCUUCAUCAUCAUUACAAGCUUCUUUGCGACUCUAACGACAUCCACUUCUCCAGCUCUCCAUCCAGAUGAACUGCAUGCGCUUGGGGAGAUAGCUACUACACUUGGUAUAAAGAGAGUGAACCUAAGUUACAAAGACCCAUGCGUUUCACAAAGUCUAAUGAUCAUCAAACAAGUUGAUUGGAAUCCGGUGCUGAACAACACCAUUGCUUGUGAUUGUAGCUUCAACAACAACAUGACAUGUCAUAUUACAGAAUUAAGUCUCGUGAAUUUAACUCUUGUGGGGAAAGUUCCACCUGAGCUAGCCAAGCUUCGACAUCUCCGGUCAAUCGACUUAUCCGCCAACUACCUUACUGGCACGAUUCCACCCGAGUGGGUUUCAAUGCCAUAUCUCACUUUCAUCUGGCUCUGCGGGAAUCGUUUGUCUGGGAAUUUACCAACUUGGUGGCAAAACUUCAAGAAUCUGAAAUUCUUAGGGAUUGAAGGCAACCAGUUCUCUGGUACAAUUCCUGAUGAGCUUGGUAACUUGACCAAGCUUGUAAAAUUGGAUCUUGCAUCUAAUCAAUUUACAGGAAGCUUGCCUAUCACUCUCGCUCGACUAGUAAACCUUGAACAACUUUGGAUAAGUGACAACAAGUUUAGUGGAACCAUUCCAGCGUAUAUUGGCAAGUGGUCUCGGCUUAGAAAGCUCAGAUUUCUACACGCGAGUGGACUGAAAGGACCUUUUCCUGAUGCAGUGGCAUGCCUAGAAAAUCUCAUUGAUCUGAGAAUAAGUGAUACCACUGGGAUAAACUCAUUUCCAAUUCUAUCCAGCAAAGUCAUUGAAACCCUGAUUUUGAGGAAUGUGGGUUUGUCUGGUCCAAUUCCUUCUUACAUCUGGAAUUUGCCAAACCUAACUAGACUAGAUUUAUCGUUUAACAAGCUGACUGGUGAAAUUCAGGACAUACAAAAAGCACCAAAACUUAAGUAUACCUACCUGACUGGCAACAUGCUUUCCGGAAACGUUGAGUCUGCUUUUUUAAUCAACAACAAACCAAAUAUAGAUCUCUCUUAUAACAAUUUCUCUUGGUCAUCUAGUUGUCAAGAAAAGAGUAACAUUAACACAUACCGGAGCUCAAUUUUGAAGAAUAAUUUAACUGGCCUUCUUCGCGCUGGUCCAGUCAACUGCAAGACCUAUCAGAGAUCAGUACAUAUAAACUGUGGUGGAGAAGAUUUAAAGAUUACAAACUCUUUCGGUAAAAUCACUUAUCAAGCUGAUAACAGUAAAACCAAUGCCGCAACAAAUCAUCACCAGCAAAACUGGGGAAUCAGCAACACAGGUGACUUCACCGAUGAUGCAUAUGUUGAUGACACGUUCAUCAUUUCAACUAGUUUAAGACUAUCUAAAGAUUCUCCCUAUCUCUACAAAACCGCGCGUCGAUCUGCUCUAUCUCUGGUUUACUAUGCAUUUUGCUUGGAAAAUGGAGCCUACAAUGUGAAACUCCAUUUUAUGGAGAUCCAGUUUUCAGAGAAAGAAGUAUACAGUCGUAUAGGGAGACGCAUAUUUGACGUUUAUGUUCAGGGAAAAUUGUUUUUGAGGGAUUUUAACAUCAAAGAGGAGGCUAACGGGACUCUGAAGCCUGUUGUGAAAGAGCUGAAAGCUAAUGUGACAGACCAUUUGUUAGAGAUUCGGUUGUAUUGGGCCGGGAAAGGGACAGCCCUCAUACCCAACAGAGGAAACUAUGGUCCUCUUAUUUCUGCUAUCUCCUUGUGUCACAGUCUGGAGCCACAAUGUGGAGCGGAGAAAAUAAAACAUCACAUUAGUUUUCCCCUAAUCUUGGGGGCAACAGGUGUCUUGGUAACAAUUACUCUCUUAGCUGUGGGAAUAUAUGCUCGGAGAAGAUGCCUUAAAGACAGUAACACAAUAAAACGAGAUCUGAGAGCAGAGGGUUUGCAAACUGUUUGCUUUACUUGGAGGCAACUGCAAGAUGCAACAAACAAUUUUGAUAAAGCCAACAAACUUGGAGAAGGAGGUUUCGGUUCUGUAUUCAAAGGAGAGCUGCCAGAUGGAACUAUCAUAGCAGUGAAGCAGCUUUCUUCCAAGUCAUGCCAAGGAAACCGUGAGUUUGUGAAUGAAAUAGGCAUGAUCUCUGGUCUCAAUCAUCCAAACCUUGUCAAACUUUAUGGAUGCUGUGUAGAGAAGAAUCACUUGAUGCUUGUGUAUGAGUACAUGAAAAACAACUCCCUUGCUCUUGUUCUGUCUGGAAAGAGCUCCAUGAAACUGGACUGGAAAACAAGACAGAAAAUUUGUGUUGGAAUCGCAAGAGGGCUAGAGUUCCUCCAUGAAGGAUCGAUGAUCAGAAUGGUUCACCGUGACAUCAAAACUCCUAAUGUGCUUCUAGAUGCUGACUUAAAUGCAAAGAUAUCUGACUUUGGAUUGGCUAGACUCCAUGAAGAAGAACACACUCACAUUAGCACCAAAGUUGCAGGAACCAUGGGAUAUAUGGCUCCUGAAUAUGUACUAUGGGGUCAACUAACGGAGAAAGCAGACGUGUAUAGCUUCGGAGUUGUGGCAAUGGAGAUUGUUAGUGGGAAGAGUAAUACUAAACACAAGGGAACUGCUGAUCACCUCUCACUUCUUGAUUGGGCGCUGUCACUGCAUCAGAAAGGGAACAUACUGGAGGUUGUAGAUCCAGUUCUUGAAGGUCAUUUCAAUAGAAAAGAAGCGGUGAGGAUGAUCAAUGUUGCUCUUGUUUGCACAAACUCAUCUCCAGCGUUGAGGCCAACAAUGUCAGAGGCCAUGAAAAUGCUGGAGGGAGUGAUCGAGCUAACACAGGUUUCGUCAGAUCCUGGUAUAUACGGAGACGACUGGAGCUUGUUAAAGCUGAGAGAUAUUGAUGAUACACAUGGAAGCUCGAGCACGUCUGGUGUGACCGAUCAAACAAGAACAACAACGAAAUCAUCUGUUUCUGGUUGUGAUCUCUACCCGUUAUACCCUGAAUCCAUGACCCUAAACUCCACAGUAGAGUAUCAUUCCUCAUCACUGUAA